AUGGAGCUGCGUUUUGCCCUCCUGUUGGCGGCUCUCGCUGGCUGCCCGCUUCCUGCCGGGGGCUGUCUCAUAUGUGACCCGGCGGUCGUGGCAGCGCUAAAGUCCUUGGAGAAGGAUUACCUGCCUGGCCACCUGGAUGCGGAGCAUCACAAAAACAUGAUGGAAAGGGUGGAGAAGACCGUGAAAGAUUUCGGGAAACUGCCCUUAAAGGAGGAUUCCUAUGUAGGGGCCGUUGAUGAGGCCACACUGGAAAAGGCGUCCUGGAGUUUGCUGAAGGAUCUGAAACGCAUCACAGACAGCGACGUAAAAGGUGAGCUCUUCGUGAAGGAGCUAUUCUGGAUGUUGCACCUGCAAAAGGAAACCUUUGCCAACUAUGCUGCUCAGUUCCAAAAAGAGGCUUAUUGUCCCAACAAAUGUGGUACGAUGUUGCAGACUCUGAUCUGGUGCAAUAAGUGCGUGAAGGAGGUUCAUGCUUGUAGAAAGUCCUACUUUUGCCAGGAUCGCAAAGUGGAAGUCCAUCGAAUGGAAGACAUGAUCCUGGACUGUGAGCUCAACUGGCAUCACGCCUCCGAAGGCCUCACCGAUUACAGCUUUUACAGGGUUUGGGAGAACAAUUCUGAGACCUUGGUGUCCAAGGGGAAACAGCCCACACUGACCAAGCCCAUGGUGGAUACAGAGGAUGCGGGCAGAUACUACUGCGAACUGGGCACUGUGAGUUCCGGCCCAGCCACGAUCAUCCGUUUUCACGUCAGGGUGUUGCCCAAAAGGGUCGUGGAGGAAAAGCCAUCACCAAACGUCAUAACCCAGGGUGAGGCGACCCCGGGUAUGAUGACCUCUGUACGCCCCGAGUCGUCCACAACCCUCCAGUCUCCGAAGUCCGAGAAUCUGCUGAGUGGCCUUCUGGGAAGGCUGGUGAUCUGGGGCGCUGUCGUGCUGAUAGCCAGCAUUGCCUUCGUGAUAUUCUGCCGAAGGAAGGCGGUAGAUUUCAUCAAGUCUUCACUGUUCCGCAUUGGCGGUGGAGCUGCCAAGCAUCCCCAGGUUUCAAACAAAGAGACCACAGACUCAAGGAGCCAAUAA